CUUGAGGGGAGGAAUGGGUGUGUGUGACACAUUAAAUUACUUCAACCCACGUGUCCCUCAUUCCUUCAAGGCCACAAAACCCUCCUUGACCAGCCUCUGCUUCUCCUUCUUUCCUGGUGACUGACUCAGAGCCCCCUCAGAACCCUUUCCUGUCCUACAUUUCCUCCAGGCCUUUCCUCCCAGGCUCCACGCCACAGUGUUUCCAAGUCCUCCCUCUCCACCCCAGCCUCCCCUCCCUAUCUUCCCUGGACUCUGCCUGCUGGUCUGGGGCCAGGGGCAUCCCAGACCCAGCUCUCCAUGGUUCCCUCCUCGUGGCCUGGGUGCGGGGCGGGCUCUCGGAGCUGCGGCCAAUGGAGGUGGGGCCCCCGCGGCUGGCUCACUGCCCAGGCGGCUGCAGGAGCAGGGCUGGCUUCGGGAUGAGGCCCAGCCCCCUGCCUCCCCUCCCUUCCCCCAGGUAUAAGAGCUGAGCUCAGGUGCACUGGCUCUUCCAGUCCUGUCUCAGCGGCUGCCAGCAGAUCAUGAGACAUCAGCUCCUCUGGGGCCGGCUGUAGGACGACAAAACUCUCACCAAAGGACCAAGCGCAUCGAGCACCAUGGGACAGUGUGGGUCAGCCAACGUACAGGAUGCCCAGGAAUUCAGUGAUGUGGAGAGGGCCAUCGAGACCCUGAUCAAGAACUUCCACCACUAUUCGGUGGAGGGUGGGAAGGAGACGCUGACCCCCUCUGAGCUACGGGACCUGGUCACCCAGCAGCUGCCCCACCUCAUGCCGAACAACUGUAUGCUGGAAGAGAAAAUUGCCAACUUGGGCAGCUGUAACGACUCUAAACUGGAGUUCGGGACUUUCUGGGAGCUGAUUGGAGAAGCAGCCAAGAGUGUGAAGCUGGAGAGCCCUGUCCGGGGGAGUUGAAAACCUUCCCCUGGAAUUCUGCGGUGGGGGGAUAUUGGGGAAAGGGGGCCUCCAGAGCCUGGGGGGCCUGGAAAUAAAACUCCUCUCUCCACCACCCCCGCACUAUUCCCCAGCCCCACCUGUCUCACCUCUGCAAGGUUCAGGUUCAUAAUGGCCCUUCCUGGGGCCUCUGUGUACUUCAUCCCUGGGAGCUCCGUGGGGCUAAUGGGUCCAGGGGUCCCCACCUGGGGGAGGCUCAGGGGGUGGCUGGGGCCAGGGAUUUAUUGGAGGGCUGCUGGAGGGUUGAAGAUGCUGUAAGGGCCAAGGCAUUUAGUAGUGGGGGAAGGGCAGAGAGGAGCUGAGCUAUGGGAACUGAUUUGAAGGGGGUGGAAGUAGGAAUGGAUAUUCGGUUCUAAAAAGGGUCUCUACGAGCCUACCCCUCCUAAUCUCUUCCCCAACCCAAACUGUCUGUCCAGUGCUGUCCCUCCCUGCCCCCAGCUCUGCCCCAGCCUCCUCUCAGGACCCUGUCUCCCAGGCUUAGGGCAGGGGAAGAGAGAGAGCAGGGUGGGGGAGAGGCUGAGGAGAGUGAGUUUUGGGAGUGAGAGGACCAGCUGGGUGCUUGGGCAUUUACAGAAUUAUGGUUGUUUUGUAUCAUUUGAUUAAUAAA